UGGCAUGCAGGAGCUCCAUUAUUCGGGAAAAAAAAAUGGUUUUAAGAACAGAGACAAAUAAAACGAAAAGGUGUUUGAAGAAUCUUCCCACCGUCCGGGAGAUGGCGGUGUUCUCCCGGUUGGCAUCACUUUUCUAACAACUCGAGUCAAGUCGCUACUUGAUGACUCGUUUUGUUGUUCUUCGUUUAACUCCGUAUGCGGGCUGCUCGUAUUAUUUUUUAUAUGAGACACGUGUGCGCACUUCAGAGACAAAAGGAACGAAAGAAAGACAGACAGAGGUAAAAAAGGAGUGUUGAUAAAAAGCAGCCCCCCACAGUUCACAUGGCCAUGCAUGGAAGUGUCUACUGGCCUCCAGCACAUUUAUUCAGAAGCGACUCUUAGAAGAGAAGAGCAGAAAUUUGGGGAGAGAGAAGAGUUUCCCACGGAGCGAUGACCUCAGCCAAAGUUGACAGCAUGAACAAACGAGUGACAACAACCAAACAGAAAGACUGUGAGGGGGGCACACCUGGGGAUUUUGAUGUGAAGGUGGAAAAUUGUGAAGGAAGAAUCUGCGUUUUUAAAGAGGAGGAGUGUAAGGAGGAGAUUGUCGAAGUUAAAGUGGAGGAUUUUGACGAUUCCUCAGUUAGCCUUGAAGUGCAAAGUUUUGAAAAUGGAAACGUUUUCAAACAAGAAGAGUGUCACUCCAGUUUCCAUAAUUGGGCCACUGAUACUGGGCAACGGGCUACCCAACCAAAUUCUGUGCAACUGAAAAGGGAGUUUUCCGAGUUUGAGGAGAAAAACACUGAAGGAAGCGGGAGACAAUCUGAAGAGAAGCCAUCACCUGAGAGUGUUGGAAUAGGUAUUAAGGAGAGUUGCCUCUUCUCUACCUCUUCAUUUGCUCAGCUCUCUCUUCAGUGCAAACUGCAACAGAAAGACGGCAAGGAGAAAAUAAAUAAUUCAACAAGAGGACUGGAGAAUUUGACAGCAGCCGCUUUCCAGUGCGGUUCUCUUCCCACCGUCAAAAUGACACAAAAAGAAGCCAUCGACAUUGAUCAACACCAUGUGUAUAGCACAGACCAAGAGGCUUUAUACACCAGCAGAGAGCACGGAAAAACUUUUCAAAACAAAUCUGACCAGAACGAUAAGGCAAUUCAUACUAUUCAGAAGCCUUACUCCUGCUCUGAAUGUGGCAAACUAUUUUCACACAAAAGCAGCCUAAACAGGCAUAAAAGAAUUCACACGGGAGAAAAGCCCCACUGCUGCCCAGAGUGUGGCAAACGAUUUCCCCGUAACAGCGCUCUUCAGCAGCACACACGUGUUCAUACUCGAGAGAGGUCAUACGGCUGCGCUGAAUGCGGAAAAAGAUUUUCUCGUAACAGCAGUCUUCAGAAUCAUAAAAGAAUUCACACUGGAGACAAGCCGUACUGUUGUUCCGAAUGUGGUAAAGUAUUCUCAAAGUUAAGUCAUUUUCAUAACCAUUUGAAAAUUCACAGUGGAGAGAAGCCUUAUUGUUGUAGUGAAUGUGGCAAACGGUUCAUACAAGGAAGCAGCCUGCGGCGGCAUAUCAGGAUUCACACUGGAGAGAAGCCGCACAGUUGUUCGGAGUGUGGCAAACGAUUCUCAAGACUCAGCGACCUUCGGACCCACACCAGAAUCCACACUGGAGAAAAGCCAUACAGCUGUUCAGAGUGUGGCAAACAAUUCUCCAUGAGCAGCGCUCUUUGGCGGCACACACGAGUUCACACUGGAGAGAAGCCAUACUGCUGUUCCGAAUGCGGCAAACGAUUCUCUGAGAAAGACAGUCUUCUGAAACAUGCACGCAUUCAUACAGGUGAGAAGCCAUAUUACUGUUCUGAGUGUGGUAAACGGUUUUCACAAAGAAGGGGCCUUCACUACCACUCAAAAAUUCACACUGGAGAGAAAAGAAUCAGAGUGGAACGGAUUGUGGAAAAACCCAACUCUCCUGGCCAGGGAUGUCCACUUGAGGAGAAAGGAAGAGUUUCACAUGAGAGUAUGGCCUCGGCCCAAGAGGAUAGUACGGAUAAAGCAGUGGCCCACAUUAAGAAAGAGGAUUGUGAGUGGGGUGCCUUGACAGAUUUGCACGUCAAGUCCGAAGAAUGUGAAGGAAGAAUUCCAGUUUUUAAAGAGGAGAAGACUAUCGAGAUUAAAGUUGAGGAUUCAGACGAUUUCCCGUUUAGUCUUGCAGUGCAAAAGCAUGAAGCUGGGAAGAGUUUCAAGCAAGAUGUUGGGGAAGAGUUUCACUCCGGCGUACAGCCCUGGAUCACUAAUACGGGACAACUGCCUACCCAACAGAGUCCUAUGGGACUGAAAUUGGAGUCUGAAGAGAAAAUCAAUGAAGGAAACGAGAGAGCAAAAGAAGAAGAGCAGCACUUGUCUAGGAGUGUGGGAAUAAAUUUCCAGGAGAAUGGCAGCUUCUCCUCAUCUCUGUCUGCUGAAACUUCUCUUCAGUGCAGACUGCAACAGAAACAGGACAAGGAGAAGAUGAAGAAAUCAACAGGAGGAUCAGAAAAUUUGACAGCAGCCUCUAUUAAGUGUAACUCUCUUCCUGUGCUUGGAGCCAUCGAUACUGAGCAACACCAAGGGCAAAACACAGACCAAGAGGCUUUGUGUGCUGGCCAAGACUGUGGAAAAACUUUUACAAACAAAUCUGACCGUGAAGAUCAUAAGUCAAUUCAUACAAGACAAAAGCCAUAUGCAUGUUCUGAAUGUGGCAAACGAUUCAUUAAUAACAGCAGUCUUCAGGUACACAAAAGAAUCCAUACUGGAGAGAAGCCAUAUGACUGUUCUGAAUGUGGUAAACGGUUUAUUAAAAGUUCCAGUCUCCAAAGACAUAAAAAAAUCCACUCUGGAGAAAAGCCCUAUGGCUGUGUUGAAUGUGGAAAACGAUUCUUUCAAAGUAACACCCUACAGAAUCAUGUAAGAAUUCACUCAGGAGAGAAGCCAUAUUGCUGUUCUGAAUGUGGAAAAAGAUUCCUCCGAAAUGGCAGUCUUCAGGCACAUGUAAGAAUUCAUACUGGAGAAAAGCCUUAUUGCUGCUCUGAAUGUGGCAAGCAAUUUUCUAAAAAUCGCCGUCUCCAAACACAUAUAAGGAUGCACACUGGAGAAAAGCCCUAUGGCUGUGCUGAAUGUGGCAAAAGAUUCCCUGACAGUAGCACUCUUCAGAGCCACAAAAGAGUUCAUACCGAAGAAAAGCCAUAUGGUUGUGCUGAAUGUGGGAAAAGAUUUAUUAAAAAUAUCUACCUUCAGACCCACAUAAGAGUCCAUACUGGAGAGAAGCCAUAUUGCUGCUCUGAGUGUGGUAAACGCUUUUCUAACAGUCACGGUCUCCAAACUCAUAAACGAAUCCAUACUGGAGAAAAGCUGUAUGGCUGCUCUGAAUGUGGCAAAAGAUUUUUUCACAAACGUAGUCUCCAAUCACAUUCAAGAAUCCAUACUGGAGAAAAACCCUAUGGUUGUGCUGAAUGUGGAAAAAGCUUCAUUCACCGUAACACUCUUCAGAGCCACUUGAAAAUUCAUACUGGGGAAAAGCCAUAUUGCUGCUCUGACUGUGGCAAAAGAUUCCUCUAUAAUGACACUCUUCAGGCACACAUGGGAACCCAUACUGGAGAAAAACCUCAUUGCUGCCCUGAAUGUGGCAAACGUUUUUCUUACAGUCGUAGUCUUCAAACACAUAUAAGAAUCCACAGUGGAGAAAAGCCAUAUGCCUGCUCCGAAUGUGGCAAACGAUUCCUUAAAAGUAGCCAUCUUCAGAGGCACAAUAUAAUUCAUUCUGGGGAAAAGCCAUAUUGCUGUCGUGAUUGUGGCAAACGAUUUACACAGAGUAGCUCUCUUCUGAAGCACAUGCGAAUUCAUGCUGGAGAGAAGCCAUAUUGCUGUUCUGAAUGUGGCAAACGAUUAUCUGACAGUUACAGUCUCCAAACACAUAAACGAAUCCAUACUGGAGAAAAGCCAUAUGUCUGUACAGAAUGUGGCAAAAGCUACAUUAAAAGUAGCCAUCUUCAGAGGCACAAUUUAAUUCAUUCUGGACAAAAGCCAUUUUGCUGUCCUGAAUGUGGCAAACAAUUCACCCAGAGUAGUUCUCUUUUGAAACAUUCACGAAUUCAUGCUGGAGCGAAGACAUAUUGCUGCUCUGAAUGUGGCAAACAAUUCUAUGACAGUUAUGGCCUCCAAAGACAUACAAACACACACACACGGAAAAAGAAGCAAAGUACCAAGAAGAGCAAUCCAAAAUAUGCCAAAGGUGGAAAAAAAAAACAACAGAAAUAGUGCCAGUCAUCCUGGGAUCCACAUAACUUAUAAAAACAAAGCCUUAGGCCCAUUUUGACACCCUACUUAUUACCAUAAUUCCAUAUAAAUUGCAAAAUGAAGCGUUUUUAGCAACAAUGCAGAUGCUACACUGAGCCCUCGCUGCACACUUAAGGGAGGACAAAAUAAUGCAGUUCAACUGAACUGUCCUGAAUAAAGACUGAGGUUCACUCCUGGGUUGGCACUAAGCAUGUCAAGACAAAUUGGCAACGUUAACCCUGAGAGAUGCUGUGUGACUGUCCUGAACAUGAAAUGAGAUCUUACAGAAAGUCUCCAUCUUCAGAGAAACACAAGGAUUCAUACUGGAUAGAGAAAAAAAUGAAAGUUGAGUUUAAUGGUAGAUGGUGACAUGAUUGAGUAGCUCUAGGGGACCACUUGAUUUUUAGUUCGCUUUUGUCAAAUUUUCCUCCCAGUAUCAGACAGCAAUUAUUCAGUUUCUUACCUUUUGCUGUUAUCAGCUAUAUCCUUAUGCAGAAGGUUUCAUAUGGAUACUUCAAACCUUAUGAAGAAAGAACUCCACAUUGU